CUCUCUCUCUCUCUCUCUCUCUCUGUGAUGCUGCAGCUCCCGUAGUCUCUCCAGUCUCCAGUAAACAGCAGUCAUGGCGACAGUGGUCCAACCGCUCUCUCUGGAUCGAGAUGUUGCCAGGGCUAUCGAGCUGCUGGAGAAGCUGCAGGAAUCGGGGGACGUGCCGGGUCACAAGCUGCAAUCUCUGAAGAAGGUCCUUCAGAGUGAGUUCUGCACGGCCAUCAGAGAGGUUUACCAGUACAUGCAUGAAACCAUCACAGUGAAUGGCUGCCCAGAGUACCAGGCGCGGGCCACAGCUAAGGCAACAGUCGCAGCCUUCGCAGCCAGUGAAGGUCAUUCCCACCCGCGGGUGGUGGAGCUACCGAAGACGGAGGAAGGGCUGGGCUUCAACGUGAUGGGUGGCAAAGAGCAGAACUCACCCAUCUACAUCUCUAGGAUCAUCCCCGGAGGAGUGGCUGAGAGGCACGGCGGGCUAAAGCGAGGGGAUCAGCUCCUCUCCGUCAAUGGAGUGAGUGUGGAGGGCGAGCACCACGAGAAAGCGGUGGAGUUGCUGAAGGCGGCCAAGGACAGUGUGAAGCUGGUGGUCCGCUACACCCCCAAAGUGCUGGAGGAGAUGGAGGCCCGCUUUGAGAAGCUCCGUACAGCCCGGCGACGCCAGCAGCAGCAGAUCCUCAUGCAGCAGCAGCAGCAGAACGCGGCCUCGCAGAACCACAUGUCGUAGGUGAGGCGCUUCAUUGCUUUAAGGGUGAGGGGUGGUGACGAGGGGUGGGAGACACCAGAAACACAAGGUAAGGACAAGGACUAUGGGAAGUAAUAGCCUGACACAUUAAAAGGUAGGGACACAUUCUGUAAAAUGUUGAGAAUUAGAUGACAUGCCAGGGAGGAAAUGCUAAUUAUGAAGCUAAAGUGAACAGGUGGUUAGCUUAGCCUAGCAUAAAGACUGGAAGCAGAGGAAACGGGAUAGCUCUGUUCAAAUAGAAAGGUGGGUUUUGCCAUGAUAUAGUUACAGCAAGGAAAUCCCUUUAAAUCCAUUCAAAAACAAAAGUGUGCUCAGUGAGAUUUUGAGUUUGUUGCUAGUCUUGUGGCUGUUUUAGUUUCAAGGUGCCCCAGAUGUUUCCUGUCGGAAAGUCCUACAGGCAGACACAUUAGCAUAUAUAAAAAUAUUUUUAAAUAUUCAAUA